AUGGUCAAACCCGCCGCUGGCGCAGGCGCUGGAGCCGACCUGCGCAAGGAGGCGGAGGCGGCGGUGAAGCUCGACCGCGACGGCCGCCACGACGAAGCGCUCGCGCGCGUCGACGAACUAGCGGCCGGGCACGCGGGAUCUUCCGUCGUGCUCUACGCCGCGGGCCGCGUCCACUAUGCCCAAGCCAGGCGCGCUAAAGCGGCGGGCGAGAAGGAGGCCGUGGCGCACCACCUCACAACCGCGCACGUUUACCUCACCGAGGCCAAGCGGCUCGUUCCCAACUGCAUCGACAUCUCCGUGCUCCUGUCCAGGGUGCUGAUCGAGGCGGCGAGGCACGGGGAGGCGGGGGCCGAGCUCCGCCGAGCCAUCGGAAUCCACUCGCCCGUCGAUCCGGCGGAGAACAACGUCGAUAUGUACGGCGGGGACGCGUGCACGACGUACACCAAGGACCAGCGGGUGGAGAAUUCCAGGGAAACAGCUCGCCUUUCCUUCCAAGCCAUUAGGGAAUGGAUCUGCGAUAACGAUGUCGCCCUCGUUGUCCGCAAGGCAUGCGAAGUCGAGCUCGGCGCCAACGAUCGUCAGGGGAUGGCCCAGGCGCUCAGGACGGCGAAUGACCUCGCCAAGAGUUACCCUCAAUCGUCGCGGGCGCAGUUGUUCCGCUCAUACAUGAAGCUCAAUUUCGCGCGUAGCCUUGACGCGACCAUCGACAGGAGGCCCUUUCUGGAUCACAUCAAGGACGACAUGCCUGAAAUAGUAAACCUCUCCAAUGGCUCGCUCGUGCUCAGCCUGUUCCGCGCUAAGCUCUGUUUCGUCCUGGGUUCGUAUGAGGAUGCGUACCUUGAGUGCCUUGUGGCGUUUGGUACAGAGAAGCCUGUUGACCCCAAGUUGGAGGACGUACCUCCUGGAUCCGUGAAGGGCGAAGAGUCUGCUGAUAGGUUAUCUUCUAUAUACAGUGAAUUCGCACGCUUAAUCGGUAGACUCUUGUGGGUGGCCAAGGAUUAUUGGGACUCCAUGACAAUCGAGAAGCAAGACAGCUUCCUAUCAGUUAGACUAAUUGAGGUUCAUAAGUACUACCAUGAAUCUUAUGAAAGUGACCACUGGGCUGCAAGGACCAUAUCUGAUGCACUGAGCUUUGUGAAGAAAACCAAGUCAUGGAGGUUCUGGAUUUGCCCCUAUUGUGUUGGCAAGAAGUUACCGGAUGCAGAUUCCGUCCUGCGACACUUGUGCAGCAAGCACCCAGCGGAUAAAGACCUGCUGCCGAAACUGCAUCUAAUCUUAGAUCCAAAACUGAGUGAUGAUACAUGUGUGGAUGAUGAUUUUUCUUUGGAUGAGAUGAUAACUGUUGGUCAGGAUUCAGAGGACCAUUACCUUUUCCAGUUCAAGAACACAGAUCAUAUAUUUGAACACUUGUUUCUUCCGGCAUCUAGCGUGACUGAAGAAGAGUCAUUUGCUGAAAUACGAGGGGAGAAAUGCAAAAUGGGAACUGAGGUCCUAGAGAAGAUGAAGCAGAGGCUGAAGGAUUUACCCACAGACAAAUUAAGUGCCGAGUUUGAUAAGGCUCAUCGUGAAGUCCAAGAAUUGUGGUGUGAUUUCCUCACGAUUUCUAUGUUGGAUUAUCGCACAGUCAUCUUGCCCCUUGUGGAAACAUUCCUAUGGAAUGAAUUGAUAAAAGACACAAGUGGAGAUAAUGCUGCCAGUAAGAGUAUUGACAAUGCUGAUAUUGACACGGUAUUUCCUGAUGUUAUUUAUGACCCUGGCAGCAAUGCCUUGGUGCAAAAUUUCUACAAGCUCUCGGAUGGAAACGAGGACCAUAAAAGUGGAGAUGACCAAGAAACAGAAAACAUGAAGCCUUCAAGCUUAGACAAUACACUUGUGGAUGAUGAAAAAGGUGAAGAAAGUGGGCCUCUUGUUGAAGAUAGGAAUUCUGGGACCGUGCACGUGGUAGAUAAAAAAUCAUCAGAUCCAACAAUUGACAUGGAUGAAAGUAGGAUAUCAAAGCUAGCUGCAAGAAUCGCAAAUGUGGAGCUAGGAAGCACAAUGAAUUCUUGAACCAAUGUGACAUUUACACUUCCAGGAGCUUUGUUAUUUUGGUCUCACUAACCGACAAAAUAUACAUUAUCGAACUAAUCUGGCAAAAACCGUAGAAAGCUGUCGUCUUAAUCUUCUUCUCUUAUCCUGUGUAAUGAUCACUAUCUCUUAGCAAAUAUUUGUACACAAGCUAUCUCCAAAGUCCCAAGGCUUGAAUCAUAUAUUUAUUUAUCCAUACCCAUAUGGAUACCAUGGCUUGGACACA